AUGUAUGGUCCUGGCGAUCCCACCAACAUCACCGGCUUGCCCCUAAGCAAAGAGGAUGUAGUCCUCAAGGCUAAGAAGAUCUGCCAGACUGCUAUGCCGCUUAACUGGGAGUGGGGCUUCGUGCCUCUUAGCUCCACCAACCCUCCAACCGAAGAAGUAAGAAAUUGUGCAACCCGGGUUGCUAUACCGGCUAAGCAACGCUUCCCUCGCAUCGAAUCGGAUAAGCGAGGCCCUGUCCGGAAGCGGCCUCUGGAUAAGGUGGACCCUGACCCCUAUAUCCAUUGGACCGAGCUCAAGAUGGGCCAUGCUUCCUCAACUGGCCCCCAACCGCAGGUCCACGAGCAUGUGGCUCCUCUGCAGGCCGAGGUUGGCCAGGAGUUCCUGGACAAGCUCGCCUCCGAGGGCAGGAAGAACAAGGCCCUGUCCCGCGCUUACGCUCUCCAAGGGCGCUACCGGCACGAAGCCGGGGAGCUCCGAGGGAACGGCCAGGACCUCGUCUCCUCCUCGUUCAAGCCCGGUACAUCUAGGUACCGGCAAUCUUUCUUCCUCCCCUCUGGGAGCAACAUCGGUGCCGACACUGAAGCUGCCGGGCGGGCGGAACCUCAGGUUCCUCCCGUCCAGAAAAGUAAGAAGAAGAAAAAGACUUCACGCUCUUCCCCCUCCAAGCCCGUGCCGGAUUCUUCCGUGCCGGCCAGCUCUACACCGCCGCCAGAGGCUCCUGUUCCUGAGCCAACUGGGGCCACGCCAACGCCGCCGCCAGAAGCUCCUACUGCCAAGCACACCGGGUCCGCGCCGACGCCACCGCAGAGCCAGGGACCCUCCGCGGCUAAGCCCACGCCGCCGCCAGAAGGCGCCAAGUUCCGUGUGUCGGAACCUUUCAAGAGGAAGGCAACGGCUUCUGGCACCUCAGCUGCUGGCCCGCAGUCUUUGGUAUUGCACGUCGCCCCCGCUGCUACCGUGGCUGGGGAGAAAGCUACCGGCCUGCUUGGCCAGAUUACAGAGCUGAAGCGCGAGGGCAAGGAGCUGGGGCACCUGCUUGAUUACACUGAGAAGUGGAAUUAG